AUGGAAGACUCCAGGGACGUCGUAACACCGCUAGAUGCAGGGUUAAGUGUACAUUGCAGUAGUGAGCAAUGCAAGAAGGUUGAUAAAGUGGCGUACCAAUCCGUCGUAGGUGCGUUAAUGUACUUGGCAAUAUCAACACGUCCCGAUAUCCUACACUCAGUGAGUAAGUUAUCACAGCGCAACAACAAUCCGCAUUCAGAACACGAAGCCGGAGUCAAACAUGUACUACGCUAUUUGAGAAAGACAUCUAAUUACAAACUGCAUUACACCAAAACUGGCAAGGCUAUUGAGGGCUUUGCAGAUGCUGACUGGGGCAGUGACGCCAGCGAUCGUAAGUCGUACUCGGGCUGUGUUUUUGUAGCAGCAGGUGGCGUAUUCUCUUGGGAGUCCAAGAAACAAAGCGUCGUGGCGUUAAGCAGCACUGAGGCUGAAUAUAUCGCGCUAUCUUCAGCAGCGAAGGAGGCAUCCUACAUCAGCAAGCUUCUGCGAGAAAUGGGGUUCGGUCAAGAUGGUCCUAUGAUUUUGAACAAUGACAACUUGAGUUCACAAUGCUUAGUGAAGAAUCCAACUUAUCACGCACGCAGUAAGCAUAUCGACAUCAAGUAUCACCAUAUCCGUCAAAUGUAUAAUAAUAAUGAAAUUGAUUUAAACUAUAUACCAACCGAUAAAAUGAUGUCAGAUAUAUUAACUAAAAAUUUACAAAAAACAAAACAUGUAAAAUUUACCAAUGAGAUGGGUAUAUUUUAA